AUGGCUGAGCCCGUGGCGUAUAUCAACGGCAAGCGCCAUGUGCUGCCCGCGGGACGCGCGGACCAGACCCUGCUGAGCUAUCUCCGAGACUCAGGCUUCACGGGCUGCAAGCUGGGCUGCGGCGAGGGCGGCUGCGGUGCGUGCACCGUGCUGGUGUCCAGCGCCGAGGCGGACGGCAGGCUGCACCACCGCUCAAUCAACGCCUGCCUCUGCCCCCUCUAUGCAAUUGAGGGGAUGCACGUGGUGACGGUGGAAGGGGUGGGCAACACCCGCGACGGCAUGCACCCCGUGCAAGAGCGGCUGUCCAAGGCGCACGGCUCGCAGUGCGGCUUCUGCACCCCCGGCUUUGUCAUGUCCAUGGUGGCGCUGCUGCGGGCCAAGGCGCCCGAGGCCCCCACAGAGGAGGAGAUCGAGGAGAACCUGGCGGGCAACCUCUGCCGCUGCACCGGCUACCGCCCCAUCCUCGACGCCUUCAAGGCCUUUGCCAAGGUGGACGCCGCAGCAUACACGGAGGAGGCGAUCGCCGCCAGCAAGGCCAACGGCCAUGCCGCCAACGGCGCCAACGGCGCUGCCAACGGCAAGAACGGCAAGAACGGCAACGGCCGCGUGUGCCCCUCCACGGGCCAGCCCUGCGACUGCGGGGAGAGCGACGGCAACGGCGCAAUCGUGUCGGCCAGCAAGCACAAGGAGGAGGCCUGUGGCCCGCUGACACACAUCCGCCCUGCAGUGGAGCCCAUCUUCCCGCCCGAGCUGCGCAAGCGGGCUGCGGCCGAGCUGGCGCUGCCCGGGGAGCGGUGCGCGUGGUACCGCCCCGUGACGUUGUCCCGCCUGCUGGAGCUGAAGAAGCAGUACAACGACGCCAAGCUGGUGGUGGGCAACACAGAGGUGGGCAUCGAGAUGAAGUUCAAGAGCCUCAAGUACCCGGUACUGAUCGGGGCCACCCAUGUGGAGGAGCUGAAUGCCUUUGAGGUGGACGAGGGCGGCGUGACCAUCGGCGCCUCGGUCACCCUCACCCGCAUCAUGGAAAGCUUCAAGGAGCUGAUUGCGGUGCAGCCGGCCUACAAGACCUCCACGCUGCGGGCGGUAGUGGAGCAGCUGCGCUGGUUUGCGGGGCCGCCCAUCCGCAACGCCUCGGGCAUCGGCGGCAACAUCUGCACCGCCUCUCCCAUCUCGGACCUCAACCCGGUGUGGAUGGCGGCGGGCGCCACCUUCACUCUGGCGGGUGCGGGCACGGGGGAGCGCACGGUACUUGCCAAGGACUUCUUCCUGGCGUACCGCAAGGUGGACAUGGCGCCGCACGAGAUACUGGUCAAGCUGUAUGUGCCCUUCAACCGGCAGUACGAGUAUGUCAAGGAGUUCAAGCAGGCGCACCGCCGCGAUGAUGACAUCGCCAUCGUCAACGCCUGCGUGCGCCUGGCCAUGGAGGCGCGCGGCGGGGGCUGGGUGGUGGGAGAGGCCGCCAUCGCCUACGGAGGCGUGGCGCCGCUCACCAUCAUGGCGCCCAAGACCAUGGCCGCCCUGACCGGCAAGCCCAUCGACGGCGCCGCUCUGGAGGCGGCGCUGGCGGCGGUGCAGGAGGAUGUGAAGAUGGCGCCCAACGCGCCCGGCGGCAUGGUGGAGUUCCGCCGCUCCCUGGCCGCCUCCUUCCUGUUCAAAGGCCUGCUGUUUGUGGCGCAGCAGCUGGAGGCCGAGGUUCCCGCCUUCACCUCGCCCUUCCCAGAAAACUACCGCUCAGGCAAGCGGCGGCCAUGCCCCGCCGCGGUGAAGCCUUAUGAGCGGCCCGCCUCUCACGGCCUGCAGUACUACUCUGCAGUACCAGGGGAGGACGUGGUGGGCCAGCCGUACCGCCACCAGGCAGCCGACGAGCAGGUCUGCGGUACUGCCCAGUACGUGGACGACAUCAAGCUUCCCGCCGACGCCCUCUUCGCCGCCAUUGUCGCCUCCACCAAGCCCCACGCCAAGAUUGUGAAGCUGGACACGACCGCCGCCGCCGCCAUGCCCGGCGUGCACGGCAUCUUCACCGCCAAGGAUGUGCCUGGUGGCAACGACAUUGGGCCAGUCAUCGAAGACGAGGAGCUGUUUGCCACGGACAAGGUGGUGGUGGUGGGGCAGCCGAUCGCCGUGGUGGCGGCCGAGACAGAGCGGCAGGCGCGGGAGGCGGCCAAGGCGGUGGUGGUUGAGUACGAAGACCUGACCCCUGUCAUGGAUAUCGAGGACGCGAUUGCGGCCAAGAGCUUCCUCAUGCCCUUCAGCCACUCGUUGGCCAGCGGCGACGUGGAGGCGUUCUUCGGGAGCGGGGAGGCGGAGAUGGUGCUGGAGGGAGAGGCCAAGAUGGGAGGGCAGGAGCACUUUUAUCUGGAGCCCAUGGCCUCGAUUGUCAUCCCCGCAGAAAACGACGAGUUCCUCUCCUUCUCCUCCACCCAGUGCCCCGACGCCCACCAGAAGUACCUGGCCCAUGUACUGGAUGUACCGCUGCACAAGGUGGUGGUGCGCACCAAGCGCCUGGGCGGCGGAUUCGGCGGCAAGGAGUCGCGCUCCGCCUUCCUCAACGUCGCCGCCGCAGUGCCCGCAUAUCACCUUCGCAAGCCCGUCAGGCAAGCCCCGCCUCCCGCUCGCCUGCGCCGCAACGUCAGAACAAGCCUUGCGCUGGUGCUGGACCGUGACGAGGACAUGCAGAUCACGGGCACCCGCCACCCCUUCAUGGGCCGCUACAAGGUGGCCUUCACCAAGGAGGGGAAGCUGCAGGCCAUCGACAUGCAGCUGUACUGCAACGCGGGAUACUCGUUGGACAUCAGCCACGGCGUGCUGGACCGCGCCCUCAUGCACUGCGACAACGUGUACCGCGUGCCCCACCUGCGCACCCAGGGCUACCUGUGCAUCACAAACAUCGCCUCCAACACAGCCUUCCGGGGCUACGGCGGGCCGCAGGGCAUGGUUGUCAUGGAGGACAUCAUCGACCGCGUGGCCUGCGCUGUGGGCAGGCCGGUGGAGGAGGUGAAGAAGCUGAACAUGUACAAGGAGGGCGAGGUGACGCACUUUGGGCAGAAGCUGGUGGGUUGCCAGGCGGAGGCGUGCUGGCAGGAGGUGUGGGACUCGAGCGAGUACUCGGCGCGGCGGGAGGCGGUGGCGCAGUACAAUGCAGCCCACCGCUUCCGCAAGCGCGGCCUGGCCAUCACCCCCACCAAGUUUGGCAUCUCCUUCACCACCAAGUUUUUGAACCAGGCGGGGGCGCUGGUGCACGUGUACACAGACGGCACCGUGCUGGUGACGCACGGCGGCGUGGAGAUGGGGCAGGGGCUGCACACCAAGGUGGCGCAGGUGGUGGCUCACGACCUCAAGAUCUCGCUGCAGCAGGUGUACAUCGCCGAGACCGCCACAGACAAGGUGCCCAACGCCUCCCCCACCGCCGCCUCGGCCUCCUCGGACAUGUACGGCGCCGCCGCGGCCGACGCGUGCCGCCAGCUCAACGAGCGCCUGGCGCCCUACUACGAAAAGAUGGCGGGCAAGCCGUUCAAGGAGGUGGUGCUGGCGGCCUACCUGGACCGGGUGGACCUGUGCGCCCACGGCUUCUACGCCACCCCCGACGUCACCGGCUUUGGCGGUGCCAUGCCCUUCAACUACUUCACCUACGUUGGGCUGUGCUCCUUCUCUGAGACACCAAUCGUGAUCAACCGGCUUCAAGUCGCCUGCAACUCCCACGCCGCGUGCCGCGUUGGUUGA